UUUCUAGCAUGCUGUCGUCUGAUUUGGCGGCCAAAAGAAAAUAACAGGGGAUACGGACCUGCCCUUGUUUCUAGAGAUAUAUACAGCAGCUGCUCUUCUUCAUUUCUGCUCUAAGGAAUUCGUAGAUCCUGACUUGAGAGGUGGGGAGAUCUAUCGUCUAAGGUGGACGUGCGUUUUCUGACUGUUGAAGACCAGAAUGAGUUCCAGCCAUCUUCCUUCCGUGGCUCAAAGACUCAAAGGCAAGGUGGCUCUGAUCACUGGCGGCGCGAGCGGGAUUGGACAUUGCACGGCAAAACUUUUCCGCCGCCACGGAGCCAAGGUCGUGAUCCUGGACAUCCAGGAUGAACUUGGCAAAAGCGUCGCCGACGAAAUUUCCGGCGACGACGACGGCGGCGCCACGUACAUUCACUGCGACGUGACUCGGGAGGAGGACCUCCACUCCGCCGUCGACACGGCGUUCACCAAGUACGGCAAGAUCGACGUCAUGUUCAGCAACGCGGGCGUCGCGGGCACGUCCAAAUUCGGGCUGCUCCAGUUCCCUCAGUCCGCCUUCGACCGGGCCAUGAGCGUCAACGUCACCGGAAUGUUCCUGGCGGCGAAGCACGCCGCGCGAGUAAUGAUCCCCGAGAGGAAAGGUAGCAUCAUUCUGACCGCAAGCAUCGCCGGCGUGGUGGGGGGUGCCACCAACCACGCGUACACUGCUUCGAAGCACGCGACGGUGGGACUAACCAAGAACUUGGCGGCGGAGCUCGGCCAGUUUGGCAUCAGAGUAAACUGCAUCUCCCCUUCCUGGUUGGAAACUCCGUUGGCCACAGGGGAGAGUGGCCUGAGAGGCCGUCAUUUUGAUGAGUUCGCUCGACGGUACUUCAAGUUGAGGGGAGUGAAGUUAACAGUCGAGGACGUUGCUGAGGCUGCGCUCUACUUGGCCGGCGAUGAGUCGAAAUUCACAACUGGGCACAAUCUUGUUGUGGAUGGCGGCCAUACAGUGAUCGACACAGCGUCGAAUCUGUAUGCAUAACAAAAGAGCUAGCAGGGUUUGCAUUAUCUCUUAGGCAUGAAUAAGUAAGUGUGGGAGCUGAUCGAUGCUUGUUCUGUCAAUAAUGGAGAAGUGAUGAAUGUUGAUUUUCGCCAUUAAGUGCAGCAAAUAAGUCGCGGGCAGUCAUGUCUGUCAGUGGCACUUCUUUGAGUUGUUCAUGCAUGCUUUCUUUCUUAAGUUUACAUCAGUUCUGCUGUUGAAGAUGAUAAAUAUUUUGUGA